AUGGGAAUCGAAACUCCAAAACCGGAUGUGUGGGGGGGGGGCGCAGUCCGCCCCUCCACUCGCCUAUGUAGCCGAUGCACCAUGUUUCGUCACCUCCUCCUCCUCUGCUCUGUGUAUAUAUCUUUGCUCGUGUUUCGCAUGCAGCAAGUCGAAAAGACGGCACCCUUCUCCUUGUCGCUGCGCUGUGUCGGACAUCAACCUCUUGGACGGCGCACCCACAUUCACGGUGAGGCCUCUCCCUCUCUCUCUGCUUUGUGCGACUACACCCGUCUGGUUAGCUUCUUCGCUUUCUCUCUCCGGUGGCUGCGACAGUCUCUGUGCAUGGAUGUCCUCCUCCACGUAGUGCAGACCGCAGCGGCCCCACCUGCCUCGGUAUUAUCGUUGUGUGGCGACCGCAUUCGGCGUCCGAGCCUCAACGCGCCUGGCGUCCCGUCGGCAAACGUUAGCGGCACUAGUUUCACUGUGGAGAGCCUGUGUCUCUCACACAGAGAGGCGCCACUUGGCAGUAACGUUGCUGCCCAGUGGAGCGUCGCUCUCCGCUCCCCUGCGGAGAACGAGAGCGCCGACGGUUUCGAUAAGGAUCCGCAGGUGUGUGUCUCUGCCGCCUCCCCGGGAUGCCCUCCAGCGUCACCGUCGUCACCGAUCCCCACCAGCGUUGUACACAUCUCCGCCGCCUCCGUAGACAUAACGGAUCUCCGUGGGCGACGGCCACCCGAUGGCCGCGUCACCACCUCCACCGUCGAUCUCCUGUGGGAAAAGCUGCGUCAUGUGAGGGACGCGAUCGUCAGGGCAGGCGAUGCCGACACACCGCCGGUAGCACGCGCGGAAACGGUCUUCUUCUGCGGCAGUCGGCUCGGCACGCGCAAAGAUGCCCUCUACCUCACGGCGCUGCAUCGACUCCUUGUGGAGUCAUUGCUGAUCGUGAAAGGCCGCCCCUUGUCCCCACCAUCGCCGCCGCCGCCGGACGUGGACGUCUCCCUCGUGGACUACGACGAAGGAUGGGGUGCUGGGGAUGUGCUAGCCGCUGAGGUAGUCAGGGCCUCCGCACAUGGCACACAAGAGCAGGGAAGCCAGAUUACGUGGAUGCCGCUAGCGAAAGUACUGGAGUAUGCCCCUCGGCCUAGAAGUGCGAUGGCUGCCACGUGCACGUCCACCAUGGCGAGGUCCACCUCUCUGAUGGAGGCGAGCGCCGACAGCGACUUGAGCGCCGUUCAGGUGGGACAUCUUGUGCGACAGUGGUUGCAGGUGUGGUUCGACCGCAUUGACAGCGCCACGUCGGCAUUUCCCUCCGCGCCAGCGUCGUCGUCGCCGCCCGCCGCGGCGGACCGUCUGCGUCAUUUGGAGAGGAAUGUGGUUCUCUUCACAUUGCGACUGCGGAGCUCCACGAACUCAUCGACGCCAACCUUGCAGGCACGCGUCAGCACGGCCUACUUCACGCUUGUGCUGCUCCCCGAAUACGGGGCGGCUCCGCCUUACGGCGAAACAGGCGCCGCUGGCGCUGUAGUAGGUUUGUCGUCGUGCCGGGCGAGUGCCGCACUCUGGCGCGAAUUCGAGGCGCUCUCGGCCUUCAUGCGGUCUCUGCCGCAGGGCCGCCAUCGUCGCCAUGAUGGGGAACAGAAGAGAAGCGGCUCCAAAGAGCAUGGCCGUGCCACCGCGGCAACUGUGCAAGGGAAAAUGCGCGCCGCUGCACUUCGGCGCAGUCGGUGGUUGACCACCAUCGCCCGCAUUCAUGAUCCUUCGACACCGCUCAUGAGAGCGGGAGUCUCAGUCUCGGGCGAGCACGGUGUCGACGACGUUAUGGAUGGCUUUCUGAAAAGCUCUACUGUGCGCUCGUUUUCGUGGAUCGGGUGCAUCGCCGCCGCUGCUAGCCAUCAGCGCGCAACGCGCUCGACCCUCGCCUUUCUCUCUCGUCUCCAGCCAUCGCAGACGGCACAGCGCGGCUGGCUGGCAUCUGUAGGGGAGCGCUCGCCUGAGAGGGCAGCGGACGCACAUGUGGGUCGGCACCAUCGCACACACAAGAACGUCGCGGGCAGCACGGAAGAAAGAGCUGCGCGGAAAGCGAAAGCCGUAUCAAGCAGCGCAGCCACACCCACACCACCGCCCCCCUCUCCUAGGCCUUCUGCGAAUAUGCCGCGGCCGUACGCCUCUCCUCGUCUUCAUGGUGGCAGCACGACGGACAUCGGCAGCUCCGGAAAGGUGAGGGCGGCUGUUGCAUCUCCCCUGCCGCCUGUCGACGAGCUCGGCACUGCUGUGGUUGCCGAGGCUGCUCCUCCGCAAGUCGGUCACGAGCCAGCACCUCCGCCUGCUCAAGUUGAUGCGCUGAUCGCCUCCGUGCGUGUGUACGCGUCGGUGCUGGAGGAGGAGGUGCAACGGCUGCGUCGCCGGCUACAACGAUAUGAAGCGCCAUCGUGUGAUGGCAUAGGUAGCACUAGCGGUCCACCAAUCCAUUCGACGCCCCAAGAGGUGCGGGGAUCCGAGUCGGCGAAUUCAAUGAUCGGUCUCUCCACCCCUCACACCACUUCCCCAGGCAUCUGCUCUUCUCUUCCCCAGUCGGUACGAGCCGCCAUCGACGACCUUCGCACGGACGCGCGGUUCCCGAAGGCACUCCAUGUAAAGCUUGAUGCCCUGACGCAGCGGGUGGCGAACUUGUGCACAGCCGUCCGGGUGCGGAGAAGCGGCGAUGCCGACUUACCUGCUGCAAUGCACCAGCGAAACGAAAAGAGCGACGACAGGGACGCCUAUGUCGCGCAGCUCGAGGCCAAGGUAGCUCUGUAUGAGCAAAAGCUGGUUCUCAUGGAUUACUACGUGGCGCCAACACUGAUGCAGUGCGUCGAUGACUUGGAUCAGUGGCAGAAGCACCAGCACCCUCAGCAACGCACACGCGACGCUCGCACUGGAGGCAACUGUAAUCCCUUCAUCACCACAGCCAACGCUGCUUCCGAGGUGACACCGAUAGGGCGCGUCGGCGCGGCUGAGCAUGCAUUCCGCGCAUGA